CCGCAGUCUGCAAAAUCCGUGUUGAAGUAAACCUUAUCUCUCACAUUAUCAACGAAAAAAAAUGAAUCAUUCUAUAAGUUUUGAUCAAUUGACAUUUGGUGAGAAAAUCGGUGAGUUCAACCACGUGGUUAGAGGAAAAUGGAACGGCAAACAAGUUGUUACCAAGAAGUACCUUGCUGCAACGGAGAAGGUUGAGAGAGAAUAUAGGGAACUGAAGAAUGCGAACCAUGAGAAUAUCAUAUUUUUAUAUGGCAUCUCAUACCAUAAUGAAUUUGUGUACUUUGUUAUGGAAUACAUGGAUGGCGGAUCUCUACACGACCUAAUACACUGCCAAAAACAAAUAAAGUAUGAUCAGGCGCAUGUGAUUAACUGGGCGCUCCAAUGUGCCAGAGCUCUUGCCUAUAUGCAUGCACAGACACCACAAGUUGUUCAUCGCGACUUAAGCCCGCAAAAUAUGUUUCUGAAAAAUAGACGUAUGGAACUAAAGAUUUCUGAUUUUACAUAUGUCAGAAAAAUAGCUACCAAAAUGACGUCGAAUAUUCCGACACCAAUCGCCUAUAAGGCACCACAGUACAUUAAUGGUUCGACGUUCACCGAUAAAUGUGAUGUUUAUAGUUGGGACAUAGCCAUGUGGGAAAUGCUGUCGCGUAAAACGCCCUUUGCAAAUUUAUCCGACUUAGAGAUAUGCAAAAGAGUGACAAAAGGUGAACGACCAUCGUUCGACGAGUUGGAAAUUCAAUGUACGCAAGGUAUAAAACAAUUGAUGACCGCCUGUUGGAGUCCUGAUCCUAACGAACGCUAUUCAAUGCAGAAAAUUGUUGCUGAUUUGGAAAAACUACCCAUUAUUGUUGAUCAGCUGGGCUUGUAAAUUUACUGGUUCUGAGAAUUUCAACUAUAUAUGUAUGCUUAAUGACAAUAAACUUUGUGUUGUUAUAAAUUUCUCACAA